AUGGAAUCAGGAACAGGAGCUGGGGUGUUCUGCAAACCUCUCAAUAUUAGAGAAUCAUUCAGACUCCCAGACGAUUGUAGUGUCUUUCAGGCUGAAAUUUUUGCUAUAGAGAAAGCGGCAGAAUUGGUACUCAAAGAAAAACUAAUCUCCUCGGAGAUUACAUUCUUUGUGGACAGUCAGGCUGCUAUCAAAGCUCUAGACAGUGAGACAAUAAGAUCCAAGGCGGUUUUAAACUGCAGGAAAAGAAUCAAUAGUAUUUGCUACACUAACCAAGUUAAACUCUGCUGGGUUCCUGGACAUAGCAAAAUAGAAGGGAAUGAAAUAGUGGAUGAACUAGCUAGGUUAGGCUCAGCAUCAAAUGAGAAUAUUAGCAUCCAAUUAGCAAAGGGACCAGAUAUCCCUAUCGGUGUGCUCAAAAGGAGAAUAGACCUAUUGACUAGAGAACAAAUCAAUAACACCUGGAAAACUAGGGACGAUUGCAUUAUUUCUAGAAGUUUAUGGCCCAAAACCAAUGAAAAAGAAACUCGGUAUUUAUUAUCCCUGAGCAAAAAGAACAUUAGAGUCUUGAUAGGUGUACUAACGGGUCAUUGUGCCAUUGGCACAAUGGCUAUUAGAAUGGGUGUAUUUGCACCUGAUUUCUGUAGGAGCUGUCAAGAUGUAGAGGAGAUAGAAUCCAUUAAACACCUGCUCUGCGAAUGUCCAAACCUCCAAACAAACCGACUUCGUUUCUUUGGAACGAGGUUCGUGGAAGAACUGGACGAUCUAGCGCAGGUACCAAUGGCUAACAUGAGAAAAUUUAUUGAAAGUACAGGAUGGUUCGUUAAUGAGCCAGUCUUUGUAAACCGAUAG